AUGUCUGAAGCCAAAGCUCUCCAGCUCAAGGCGGAAGGCAACCGCUGCUUCCAGCAAGGCGACUAUGUCGGCGCCGAAGGUUUCUACUCUAAAGCCAUCAUCGCCAACCCGAAGAACGCGAUCUUCUAUACAAACCGCGCCAAUGCCCGCCUCAAGCUUCAGCUCUGGGACGCCGCCAUCAGCGACUGCCACGAGGCCCUCGCGCUGGCGGAGAAGAAUAUGAAAGCCGAGUUCUACCUCUCGCAGGCACUGUUGCCGCUGGGCGACUACGACGGCGCCGUGCAAGCCGCCAUGCGCGCCCACCGGCUGUGCGUCGAGUCCGGCGAACGAGAACGCGCCUCCCUGUCUGCGAUCACGGCGCUGGUCCUGCGGUGCAAGAAGGAGCGGUGGGACCACAAGGAGAAGACGCGCAAGCGGGAGGGGCAGUAUUUCGAGGAGGAGAUGGUCGGGCUCCUUUCGCGGGAGAAGGCGAAAGCGGUCGAAGGGGCCGAGGGCGAAGGCGAGAAGCGGGAGCUGGCGAGCGAGUGGGAUGCGAAGAUUAGCGAGCUUAGGAACGUGUUUGAGAAGAGCCGGGCCAAGGACGAGCAGAGGAGGGAGGUGCCCGAUUGGGCGAUCGACGACAUUAGCUUCGGCAUCAUGGUUGACCCCGUCAUUACCAAGACGGGCAAGUCUUACGAAAGGGCUUCGAUCAUGGAGCACCUCCACCGUCAUCCCAGCGACCCGCUCACCAGGGAACCCCUGGUCCCGUCCGAACUCAGGCCCAACCUCGCCCUCAAGCAGGCCUGUGAGGAGUUUUUGGAUGAGAACGGCUGGGCGGUGGACUGGUGA